CCCUCGCUCAAGAUGGCGCUUCUCCUGAUACCUUCUUCACGCUGGGCAGCCGCAGCGACUGCUUUUGAAAAGCGUCGCCACGUUGCGAUUCGGAUCCGGCCUCUAGUCUCUGUCGGUGGUGCAGGUCCUCAACGGAGAUCACGUCAGCUCGGCGCCUCGGGAGCUGCUCUAAUUUCCCAGAUCCCAGAGUCAUUAAGACAUACUACAUGGCAGAGACUGGGAAAAGGCAACUUAAGACAGAUAUUACAUGUUACCAGGGCAUGGGCACUGAUAGAAAAGAGGACAUGUUGGCAUGGUCAUGCAGGAGGAGGACUCCACACAGACCCAAAAGAAGGGUUAAAGGAUGUUGAUACUCGGAAAAUCAUAAAAGCAAUGCUUUCUUAUGUGUGGCCCAAAGACAGGCCAGAUCUGCGAGCUAGGGUUGCCAUUUCUCUGGGAUUUUUGGGUGGCGCUAAGGCCAUGAAUAUUGUGGUUCCCUUCAUGUUUAAAUAUGCUGUAGACAGCCUCAACCAGAUGUCGGGAAACAUGCUGAACCUGAGUGACGCACCAAAUACAGUUGCAACCAUGGCAACGGCAGUUCUGAUUGGCUAUGGUGUAUCAAGAGCUGGAGCGGCCUUUUUUAAUGAAGUUCGAAAUGCAGUGUUUGGCAAGGUAGCCCAAAAUUCAAUCCGAAGAAUAGCCAGAAAUGUCUUUCUCCAUCUUCACAACCUGGAUCUGGCUUUCCACCUCAGUAGACAGACAGGAGCUUUAUCAAAAGCUAUUGACAGAGGGACAAGGGGUAUCAGUUUUGUCCUGAGUGCUUUAGUAUUCAAUCUUCUUCCCAUCAUGUUCGAGGUGACUCUUGUCAGUGGUAUUUUGUAUUAUAGAUGUGGUGCCCAGUUUGCAUUAGUAACCCUUGGGACACUUGGUGCAUACACAGCAUUCACAGUUGCUGUUACACGGUGGAGAACUAGAUUUAGAAUAGAGAUGAACAAAGCGGAUAAUGAUGCAGGUAAUGCUGCCAUAGACUCACUGCUGAAUUAUGAAACUGUGAAGUAUUUUAAUAAUGAAAACUAUGAAGCACAAAGAUAUGAUAAAUUUCUGAAGACAUAUGAGACUGCUUCCUUGAAAAGUACCUCUACUCUGGCUAUGCUGAAUUUUGGUCAAAAUGCUAUUUUCAGUGUUGGUUUAACAGCUAUUAUGGUGCUUGCCAGUCAGGGAAUUGUGGCAGGUACCCUUACCGUUGGAGACCUAGUAAUGGUGAAUGGACUGCUUUUUCAACUUUCAUUACCCCUUAACUUUCUGGGAACUGUAUAUAGAGAAACUAGACAAGCACUGAUAGAUAUGAACACCUUGUUUACUCUACUCAAAGUAGACACUCGAAUUAAAGACAAGGCAAUGGCAUCUCCCAUUCAGAUCACACCACAGACAGCUACGGUGGUCUUUGAUAAUGUGCAUUUUGAAUAUGUUGAGGGGCAGAAAGUCCUUGAUGGAAUCUCUUUUGAAGUCCCUGCAGGAAAGAAAGUGGCCAUUGUAGGAGGUAGUGGGUCAGGAAAAAGCACAAUAGUAAGGCUGUUGUUCCGCUUCUAUGAGCCUCAAAAGGGUAACAUUUACCUUGCUGGUCAAAAUAUACAAGAUGUGAGUCUGGAAAGCCUUCGGCGGGCAGUGGGAGUAGUACCUCAGGAUGCUGUCCUCUUCCACAACACCAUUUACUACAACCUCUUAUAUGGAAACAUCCAUGCUUCACCUGAGGAAGUGUAUGCAGUGGCAAAAUUAGCUGGACUCCAUGAUGCAAUUCUUCGAAUGCCACAUGGAUAUGACACACAAGUAGGGGAACGAGGACUCAAACUUUCAGGAGGAGAAAAGCAAAGAGUAGCAAUUGCAAGAGCCAUUUUGAAGGACCCCCCAGUCAUUCUCUAUGAUGAAGCCACUUCAUCAUUAGAUUCAAUUACUGAAGAGACUAUUCUUGGUGCCAUGAGGGAUGCAGUCAAACACAGAACUUCUAUUUUCAUUGCCCACAGAUUGUCAACAGUGGUUGAUGCAGAUGAAAUCAUUGUCUUGGGGCAGGGUAAGAUAGCUGAACGUGGUACCCACCAUGGUUUGCUUGCUAACCCUGGCAGUAUCUAUUCAGAAAUGUGGCACACACAGAGCAGUCGUGUACAGAACCGUGAUAACCCCAAAUGGGAUGCAAAGGAAGAAAAUAUGUCCAAAGAAGAGGAAAGGAAGAAACUACAAGAAGAAAUUGUCAACAGUGUAAAAGGCUGUGGAAACUGUUCCUGCUAAGUUGCAUGAGACUUUUUUUUGACACAUUUACACUGAAGCAGAAUUGUUUUAUUUUUUUAAAAAAAUCAUACAUUCCCAUUUUCUAUAAUCCUUCUUUUAGUAAGAUUUAUUUGAAAAGGAAUUUGAAUUUUACAUCUUUCACAAUCUAUUUAAUGUGACAUCUAUAUUUAUCACCAUAUUAUUUUCUUGUUACUGUCUUAGUUGUACCCAAAACAUAGUUUUUGUUACUAGUUGACUUUACCCCAUUUCCAUUUUUGAGACCUAAUAGCCAUUUGAUAUCCAUACCAGAUGAAUUAUAUUGGUUUCCAAAUUUUAGUAGUUUUUUAAAUCUCCUUUAUGCUGACAAGUUAAAUGGAAAGUAUCCAUUUCUUAAACAACAAAAGAGGGUAGUGUAAGUUCAUGGCUUCUCAGCCUCCCUCCCCACUGAAAUACUACAAUGAUAGAUAUCUUUAUUUGUGGUUUUUAAAAGCAAUUGCCACUGUGUAGUUUUGGAAGAAAAAUCUCCCUUAAUUCUCAUGUAUGUAUGUAUGUAGAAUGUUCUUCAUCAUUAACCAUCAUCUUUAGUCGUGGGAAUUUUAUUUUUUCAUCAAAAUGAAGUAUUGGUUUUGUUUUGAACCAAAAUUUAUAUCAUUCUCUUUAAACACUUAAAUCCGUGAUGUAAUUUGAGAGUGGUCAUUCUGGGAAUGAUCUAAAAAGCUUAGGAAGCGAAUUGUCUUUUCUAUUUCCAUCUUAACUAUAGUGCUUUUGCUGUCUAAAGUUAUAGAAAGAAACAACUAAAUAGAAUGAAUGCAAGCACAUGUGUCUGUGUGCACAUGCUCACACAUGUAGAUAAAGCAACAACCACUUAAAAAUUAUUAAUGACCUUUAGGCAAGUAGGAGAAGACUAUGUAUAUGUACUCUGGAUGAUCAGAACUUGAAUCUUUGUUGACAGUUCAGAAUUUCUUACAAGAUUUUCCCUUCCUUUGUUCAGUAAUUUAAUGAGUUCCUUUAAGUGUGACAUAGCAAGGAAGAACCCAAACAAAAUAAUCAAGUUUUACCUGCUAGAAAUAAUCAAUAAAAUGUUGGUAAAAGUUCA